AUGGCCAACAUCCUCAACGGCCUCUUCGGAGGCUCCAAGCCUUCUGCAUCCCCAAUUCCCAACGGUGAUUCUGAUUUCGCAGACUUCGCCGGCGUUCCUGACCCCUCGCCCACGCCCGGCGUCUUCACGGCUACUCCCGGUGGUGCAAGCCUCGAUAGCAGCGCCCCUGCUGCGACAGGUCUCCCCUAUACGAAAUGGUACAACAUCCACGAGCGACACUCGCUUAGCGAGUUUAAGCUUGAGGGUGCCAUCCUCGCCGUCAGCGCCAUCAUCUUCCUGCUGCACAUCAUUGGCGCGCGCCUGAACCGCAACAAGGCCAAGGCUUGGGCUGCCGCUCACGCGCCGACCCUGAAGAACGAGUUCGCCUCCGUUGGCUUCUCCUCGCGUUCGACUGUCGACAGUGACCCCAAGGACACAGAGGGCAUGCUGCGUGAGAAGUCUCUCUUCGAAUUUGCCAGCUAUGGAACCGGUCGCCAGAACAUUGCCUUUAUGGAUGUUAAGUUGACGCUCAACAAGCGCUUCAACCCGGCCCUGAGCAUCGUCGAGACCGUCUCGAGCUUUUUCAUGGACACCGUCGAGGCCCCCCACGACUCCUUGGAGGCUGUCAUCUACCCUUUCGACGGCAAGGAGUCUCUGACCGUUCCCUCCGUCCCUGGCACCCACGAACUGCGCAGCAAGGAGAACAAGAGCACUUACGACAACUUCGUCUGGGCCAUUGUCUCCAAGGACCGCAUGAAGCAGGUUCGCGAUGACCGCUACGAUGUCUCCAUCACUUUUACCAAGGACCACAACAAGCUGCCCAACUGGCUUACCGUCAUGAGUGAGAGCGCCGAGAUCACUGAGCAGCUCCUUACCCCUGAGCUUGCCAAGGCUGUUGAGGCUGCUGGCGACGCCUUUGACUACCUCAUCGUUUCCGACCAGCCCAUUGAGAAGCCCACCACCCUGGAGGAGACCACCCCCCGCAAGCGCAUCUUCCUCCGCUACCGUCUGCCUUCCAACAACAACUACGACUCCCUGUUGCCGCUGUUCCAGUACUUUGUCCGCAUUCCGGACGCCCUUGUCUCUGGCGCGCACUUCCGUCCCGAGGUCCUGCGCAAGGUCCGCAGCGUCCGUGAUGAGUCCAUUGCCCAGAUCAAGAAGGCUGCCGAGGCUGAGAAGGCCGAGGAGCGUGCCCUUGAGCGCGAGAAGCAGAAGAAGGCCAAGCGUGAUGCCGAGCUCGGCGCCCUGGACGCCAAGGCCCAGAAGAAGUACCUCGAGAAGGAGCGCGAGCGCGAGCAGAAGAAGAGCAUGAAGAAGCAGACCAUGCGUGGUUAA